GCAGCCAACCGGCAUACAUAUUUUAAAAAAUAUGAGUGAAAAUAGGAACUAUGAGCCGCAGGAAGGCUCGGAAUUCAUUCCAUUAGAGUCCGACCUAGUCAAUGCCGAAAUUGAAGCUGGCUCUCACGCGGCGACUCCGCCCGAGAGCCCGGAACCUCGGCCCACAGCUUCAGCAGAGGAGGGACGCUGCAGGUGUUUCAUUUGUGGCCAAUCUGUGGACGAUCUAGUGGAAUUGGAUGAUGUCGGCAACAGUAGCUCUUUGCCGGACGACCCUGGAGAAGAAAACGAUAACUUAUUGGUGGUCAACGGCCCUUCUGACCAUCAGCAGUCCUCACCUUCUGUUGAGAUCAACGUCAGCAUAUCUUUUGCACCAUCUGGUGGGUCACCUGUCACAAUUGGAAUUUCUGGUACCCAGUUAACACCUAAUCAAGCACCCGUUUCGUUCAACUUUCUAAAUCGCAAUUCUACCAACGUUUUGGUUCAAAUUCAGCCGAAUGGUUCUGGAGCUGUUCCAGCCCAAACAACCCGGUCCAAUGGCGAAUUCUUGCCAUCCAAUUGUGAGAGUGUGGUGAGGUGCCCCAUAUGCUUUCGCUCGGCCGACAAUCCCCGUGCCACCAGUUGUGGCCACGUCUUUUGCGAUGGGUGUAUUCAUCGUGCCCUCAGCAUCCGUAGCAUUUGCCCUGUGUGUGGUGUCCCUCAGGAAUACAGUAACACCCUGCAAAUUUUUCCAUAAUUGGAUACGAAUUGUAAGAAAGCUUGGAAAGUGCU